GCAUACUCCGUAGGUAGGUAGGGCUGAUUUGGGACACACUACGUCUUGAAUGAAGGUUUUCAACGCUGCUUGUUUCAGGAUCCGACGCAUCUUCAUUCUCGGGUUAUAUUGAGACAUUGCAGUCCCUCCCACGCUCUCGGCCGCCACACUUGUUAAUUUUAUCCCCGUGCCCAAUUUUGUAGCCAGCCCUCCUGGAUCUCGCGGCCAAUCAAGAGCCCACACAUUGUUGCCUAAGAGACCCCGGAUGCCAGCGACGGGAUUUAUAGGCGGUGAUUGGGCUUGCUGGAAGCUGGGGGAGGUGAGGGGCUGGAGGGAGUCAGAGAAAAGCUGACCUAAUGCAACUGUGGUAACGUCAGCGCUCGAGGCUUGAAGAGGGAGACAAGCUAAAAGAGGUGCUGUUUUUCUUAUGGAAGGAUAUCCAGUUGUUUCAUGAUGGCAUUUGCACCUCCAAAAAACCUAGAUGGUCCCAAAAUGCAGACAAAGAUGAGCACCUGGACACCCUUAAACCAUCAGCUAUUGAAUGACCGGGUAUUUGAAGAAAGAAGAGCCCUGCUUGGCAAAUGGUUUGACAAAUGGACAGACUCUCAGAGAAGAAGAAUCCUCACAGGCCUGUUGGAGCGCUGCUCGCUGUCCCAGCAAAAGUUCUGCUGUCGAAAGCUUCAAGAGAAAAUUCCAGCAGAAGCCCUGGACUUUACAACCAAGCUUCCAAGGGUGUUAUCUUUAUACAUCUUUUCUUUCCUGGACCCCCGGAGCCUCUGUCGUUGUGCACAGGUGUGCUGGCAUUGGAAGAACCUAGCCGAGCUGGAUCAGCUCUGGAUGCUGAAAUGUUUACGGUUUAACUGGUACAUCAAUUUCUCUCCAACUCCUUUUGAGCAGGGGAUCUGGAAGAAGCACUAUAUUCAAAUGGUGAAAGAACUUCAUGUUACCAAGCCUAAGACACCCCCAAAGGAUGGAUUUGUAAUCGCUGACGUUCAACUAGUUACAAGCAAUUCUCCAGAGGAAAAACAGUCCCCUUUAUCAGCUUUUCGGUCCUCUUCCUCUUUAAGAAAGAAGAAUAACUCAGGGCAGAAAGCACUUCCACCCUGGCGAUCUUCUGAUAAGCAUCCAACAGAUAUCAUUCGUUUUAAUUACCUAGACAACUGUGACCCCUUGGAGACUGUCUGGCAAGGAAGAAAAAAAAGAAACGAAAUGACCCCAGAUUUCAGCCGACAGUCACAUGAUAAGAAAAAUAAGUUGCAGGACAGAACUAGGCUAAGAAAAGCACAAUCAAUGAUGUCGAGGAGAAAUCCCUUCCCACUAUGUCCCUAAGUUCCAGCUCUCCCCUAAAAGUUCCAGCUCAUCUCGCCUGGCCUCCUCCUGAGUCAGUGGGACUCCCAGCCACUGCCACCACAGCUGAAAUUCUCAUGCAGCAUCUUCAGAGACACCCUGGGCCCCAGGCAUGACUCAUCCAGGUUCCAGAGCCAAAGCGGACUGAACAACAUAGAAAGACUUUUAUUAUAGAAAUGACAAGAUGCUUUGCACAGUGGAGAGCUGAAUUUACUUGGCUCCUAUUAGAAACUCUUUCAGCUUAAGUACUUAUUGUGGUAGUGAGUCCUACAGUAUUUCAGUAAAAAGGAAUUCAUGGCAUAAAUGUGGACAGA